CAACCUCUGUGAAAGAGCUACACCCUUGUUCUUUGGGGCAAAGCAAAUCAUAUUUGAGCAGUAUUUCUGACAAGCUCUUAUUACAAGACAGAAGUCAAAAUUCACUGCAAAGAAAUGGCAAAAUCAGCAGUGAGUCAGUUUAUGGAUCAGUUCAGCUGUCCGGUCUGUUUAGAUGGAUUGAAGGUGCCGGUGACGAUUCCCUGUGGACACAGUUACUGCAUGAGCUGUAUUACUGACUGCUGGGACCAGAAGGAGCAGGGGCCACCAUACCGCUGUCCCCAAUGCAGAGAGAGCUUCCGCCAGAAACCUCUGCUGAAGAAAAACACACUGAUAGCUGAGAUGAUGGAGACACUGCAGAAGACGUCCCUACAAAUGGCUGCUGUGGACUGUGAUGUCUGCAUUACAGAGAAGAACAGAGCUGUAAAGUCCUGUCUGCAGUGCUUGGCCUCCUUCUGUCAAACUCAUCUUCAGCCUCACUAUGAAUCUCCUGCGUUUAUGAAGCACAAACUAGUUGAAGCCUCCAGAAACAUUCAGGAGAACAUCUGCCUCAGUCAUGGGAAACUUCUGGAGAUUUAUUGUCAGGAAGACGGUCAACGGAUUUGUUGUUUGUGUACUGAUAAUCAUAAAGGACACAGUGUGGUGUUUGUGGAUUCAGAAUGGACUAGUAAAAAGACAGAGGUGUCAUGUCAAAAGCUGAUCCAGGAGCGAGAAAGCAGACAGAGGGAACUCAGUGAAGCUGUGAAGCUUCUUACAAAUUCAGCACUACAGACCAUGGAGGAUGUUGAAAAGGUCUUCGCUGAGCUCAUUUGCUCUCUUGAGAAGAAACGCUUUGAGAUUAAAGAGCAGAUCAGAGCUCAGGAGAAGACUGAGAUAAAUCGAGCAGAGGAACUUCACAAACAUCUGGAUCAAGAGUUGACAGAACUCAGAAAAAGACAAAGCAAGACCAAGAAGCUUCUGACUACUGAUGAUCAGGUCUAUUGUCUGAAGAGCUGCCAGUCUGUGAGUGUUUUACCCACAUUUGAAGGCGGCAUCACUCAACACACUCACCUGUUCUUUAAAGACAUUUCAAUCUCAAUGUUUAAGGAGGUUUUGGAGGAUGUCUGUCAACAACAAACAGCCAGAAUAUUCAGAGAAGUGUCAAAUGUCUAUGUUACAAACCGUCCAGAACCAAAGACCAAAAAUGAUUUUUUGCAGUAUUUCUGUGAGCUUCACUUGGAUCUAAACACUGCACACCAAAACAUCAAACUGUCAGAAGACAACAGGAAAAUAUCAUCUUCAGAAAUAGCUCAGCAAUAUCCUGAUCAACCAGAGCGGUUUAAUGAGCGUCCCUAUAUCUUGUCUAGAGAUGGUUUGUACGGUCGCUUUUACUGGGAGGUUGAGUGCAGUGGGAAUGAAUGGGCUGUAGGAGUUUGUUACAUAGGAAUUAAACGUAAAGGAAGCACUUAUGACUGUGCACUUGGCUUCAACAACAAGUCAUGGAGACUGGGUUAUUUUAUGAAGAAUUUCGGAUUCAUUCAUGAGCAAGAAAAUGUCUCAAUCCCUGUUGUCUCUAGAAUAGGAGUGUAUCUGGAUUACAGAGCAGGAACUCUGUCCUUCUACAGUGUCUCUGACACAAUGACUCUCCUUCACAGAGUCCAGACCACUUUCACUGAACCCUUAUAUCCUGCAUUUAAGGUUGGAGCCGGUUCAUCUGCCAGGAUCAUAGACCUGAAAAAAGACCAUAGUAGACGUGGAAGAAAGCUGUUUUUAUGACACUGUGAGAUUUUCUCUUAAAGAGAUUUCCUGGUGAAAUGAAAAUAAUAUGAUAAAAAUUAAAAGUUUGCAGUACAAAGCAGCAUAACAGGCUGAUUUUGUACAGGUAAAGUAACUGGAAGUGAAUGACCCCCAAAGCCAAACACAUUCAAGUAACAAAUGGCAGCAGCUGCUUUCUUGUUAAAAAUAAGGUGGAUAAAAAAACUAAUUUAUAACAUAACUUAACUGAACUAUUGAAAAAUGCAAAAGAUCAGUAGAGGGUAGCACAGGGUAAAAUUCAACCACUUUUUCUACAUUAAAUCUCUUCUCAAAAGAUUUAUUAAAUGAUUAUGCUCUCAUCUCUCAUUAAUCAUGAUUGAAUUAUUCAAAAAUCAAUAUUUUUAUAUCAUUUUGAGGUACAGUGAUUUAUGCUUUUAUGUUGGAUGUUUUAGAUUUGUUUGUAUAUAUACGUAUAUACAUUAAUG